AUGCAGUCCGCCCGGCGGCUGCGGGAAGCGCUCGGUGCCGCCGUGCGCCGCCUCGCACACGGAGCGGCGUCGCCCGCGCGUCUUCUCUCCUCGGAUCCCGCCGGCGGCAGUGACACUCUCGGCCGCCGCCUCCUGCGCUUGAUAUACCCUAAACGCAGCGCCGUGGUGGUCCUUCGCCGGUGGACUGAGGAAGGCAAACCCAUCCAGAAGUACCAGCUGAACCGCGUUGUCCGCGAGCUCCGCAAGCACAAGCGCUACAAGCACGCUCUCGAGGUGGGCAUCACUGGACGGACAUAGAUACCCUCGAGGGGUUGACUUUUGGUUGCUGACGCCGGAAUUCAUUCUCUGCGGACUUGCAGAUAUGCGAAUGGAUGACGAUCCAAGAGGGUUUCAAGCUGCUGCCGGGGGACUACGCUGUGCACUUGGACUUGGUGGCGAAAGUCCGCGGCCUGGCCAGUGCGGAGAAGUUCUUCGAGGACCUCCCCGGGAGAAUCAAAGGGCAGCAGUCAACCUGCACCGCCCUCCUCCACACCUUCGUCCAGAGCGGCCUCUCCUCCAAGGCAGAGUCCCUCUUCAAGGAGAUGUCCGACCAUGGUCUCAUCAGCUGCGCCGUCCCUUACAACCACAUGCUUCACCUCUACAUAUCUAGUGGGGAGCUGGAGAAAGUGCCCGUAGUCAUCCGCGAGCUGAAGAAGAACACCUCUCCGGAUCUGUUCACCUUCAACCUAUGGCUGAGUGCCUGCGCAGGUGAUCCGGAAGGCGCAGGUAAAGUGUUUGAAGAAAUGCGCCAAAGAGGAAUAUCCCCGGACUGGGUGACCUUCAGUACUCUGGCGAAGACAUACACUGCAGGGGGUCUCCUUCAGAAGGUAAGAUGGGCUCUUGGGGAGAUGGAGGAGAACAUCUCCAGGAAGGACAGAGCUGGGUAUUGCUCCCUGAUUACUCUUCACGCGGCCCUCUCUGAUAAGACCGCUAUCUGUAGAGUAUGGGAGAAGAUGAGGUCGACCUUCCGAAAGAUGAGCGACGCAGAGUAUGCUUGCAUGAUCUCCUCAUUGGUCAAGUUAGCGUCAGAUGAAGAGGCAGAGAGGAUGUACGAAGAAUGGGAGUCGGUCUCCGGCACAGGAGACCCCAAGAUUCCUAACAAAAUCCUCGAAUCCUUCAUCAAGAAGGGCUCGAUGGAAAAGGCGAAGAUCUUCCUUCAACGCCUGCUGAAGAAGGGAAUCAAACCCAGUUAUAGUACCUGGUGCAUUAUGGCAUAUGUGUACCUGGGCGAGGAGAGAGCGGACAGGGCUCUGGAGUGCCUGAAGAGGGCCCUCUCGAAGCUGAAGAAAUGGGAUCCCGAUGAAGGGAUAGUGAAGGCUGUUUUCGACAGACUCGAGCUCUUGGGGGAUGUGGAGGGGGCUGAAGAGUUCUUAGUUAUGCUUCGGAAUGUGGGUUACGUGACCACAGGGGUGUAUAAUUCGGUGCUUCGGACUUACGCCAGGGCGGGCAGGAUGCCGCUGGUGGUGUUGGAGAGGAUGGAGAAGGAUGGUGUCCAGCUGGACGAGGAGACCCGGUAUCUAAUAAAGGCAACCAGCCGGCUCUGUGUCGGCAAAGUAUCCGCCUUGAUUUCUUGA